CCACCCUCUUCUCUCUUCUCACGCAACCUCUCUCUCUCUCUCUCUCUCUCUCUCUCUCAGAGUCACAGUUGCAGAAACUAAAAGGAACAUUCAAGCUUUCUGCAAAACUUUGGUUUAAUCAUCAAAAGGAGAGAGAAAUAGCAAUUUAUUAGUUGAUUAGGUUUGGCAGAGAAAUGAGACCACCUCCGAGAAUACUACUAGAGGCAACAGUAGCAGCAACAUCUGAGGCCGGCGCAGUCCGCUUCUCUCCACCGCCACUCUCAGCCUCACCACCUCCAACACCGCCACCAUGCGUCUCUCACGCCUGCCGCUGGUGGCCCUACUCCGGCUCCAAAGAGUUCGAGGCCAACGCAGCCAUGGUGCUCAUCAUCCUCCUCUCGGCCCUCAUCUGCGCCCUCGGCCUCAACUCCGCCAUCCGCUGCUUCCUCCGCAGCACGCACAUCGUGAACGACGAAGAGCACAACCCCCGCCGCCGCCGGAACUCCCAGGAGCUGGCUGAUCAAGUGCAGCUCAAGACCAAUGCGGCCGCUGCUCCCUGCUUCGACGGGGGCCCCACGCUGGUGUACUCCCCGGAGAUGAAGGCGGAGCUGGCGGGAGCCGCUGCGGAGUGCGCCAUUUGCUUGUCGGAGUUCGUUGAUGGGGAGGGGAUAAGGGUGUUGCAAAGGUGUAAGCAUGGGUUCCACUCUCACUGUAUACAGGCCUGGCUGUCUUCUCACUCUUCUUGUCCCACGUGCCGUAGCACGUGUCUCCCUCCUUCUCCUCAUCCGCCGCCGGAGACCACCGAGGUAGACCAACUUCCCUUGCCGGAAAGUACUGUUCCGUGACCGGCCUUACUGUACAUUAAUUCCAGGCAUGUAUGUAAACUAGCUUUGAGUUCAAGUUUUUAAGUUUCUUCAACGGUAUAAUAGAUUCUUCUCACUAAAAUUACUUCUCGA